ACUCACUCAUAGUUGGGCGUCGCGGAUUAGAUUACAUGUCUCGUAGAUUGGAGGGAAGGAGCUACCAAGUCUCUUGGGCAAUUGAAAUUUGAUCACACUCAUUUAUCUCGGGGAAAGAAAAUGAUCGGUGCCACAUUUUCUGCUUCUGCCUUCGGGCGCGUGUGCUCCGGAUGCGCCCGCCGCAUGCAGAUGUUGACUCCGGCAUCAAGGAGGCUAUUCGCGGCCCUCGUUUCGACCCCGUCACCGGUUUCCACGCUUUCGCUGGCUUAUGACGUCCAUGAGCCGCCAAAGCCUGCGGUCGAUAAGCAGACGUCGCCCAUCAUCUUCAUGCAUGGCUUGUUCGGGUCCAAGAAGAAUAACAGGACGAUAAGUAAAAUCCUUGCGCGGGAUUUAGGGAGAUAUGUCUUUGCUGUGGACCUCCGAAACCACGGCGAAUCACCGCACCAUCACAGGCAUGACUAUACUGCCAUGGCUGCCGACGUGGCUGGCUUCAUCCGGGAACACGGGCUCAAGGACCCGACCCUGAUCGGCCAUUCCAUGGGCGCCAAAACAGCCUUGGCUCUCGCUCUCAAAGAGCCUGAGCUCGUCAGCAACUUGGUCGCCGUUGACAACGCACCCGUAGAUGCCCGUCUCGAGUCCGACUUUGCCCGCUACAUUCAGGGCAUGAAGAAGAUCGACGAGGCCGGCGUGACGCGCCAGGCUGAGGCCGACAAGAUUCUCGAGGAUUACGAGAAGUCCCUAACCAUCCGCCAAUUCCUGCUGGGCAAUCUGCACCGCCCGCCUAACCAGAAUGUCCAAAAGUUCCGUGUGCCGCUGGACAUCCUAGCCAAAUCACUCGAUCAUCUAGGGGACUUUCCCUACAAGAAUCCAAGCGAGGUGCGCUUUGGGAAACCGGCCUUGUUCAUCCGCGGGACCAAGAGCAAGUACGUCCCUGACGAGGUGAUACCGCUCAUUGGCCAGUUCUUUCCCAUGUUUGAGCUGGUGGAUAUCGAAGCCGGCCAUUGGGUUAUCUCGGAAAAUCCCGAGGCUUUUAGAGAAGCUGUGGUUCGGUUUCUGGAGCCCAGGGACUAGCAAGAAGUGAAGCAUCUGCUGCCUAAUCUCGUACUGGUGAUGUUCAUUCACUGGAUGUAUAUGCUUGUAUCUAUAAAUUUGGACAUAGACUUGAGAGAUAUGCACACAACAUGCUGUCAGCGACACUACCUGG